CGGGACCAGAGCAGAUCCCCAGACUCUGAUCUGUCUCCUCCACGGCGGACGCUGACGGGAAAAGAUGGGCACAGGUCAAGGAGUCCCCCUGACCUCUCUCCUCAUCGUCCCAGCGACACGAGGGGAUCGCCCAAAAAGGCGAACGUGGUGGUAUCGGGGGUCAAAGCUGGCUUGGUGUCAGCCGACGUGCUGCGGAAGGAAAAGCAGGAGCUGAGGAGGCAAGAAAGGAGUAACAAGCAAUUGGAAGAGGAGUCCCGACACUCCAAGACCGUCUUCCGAGACAAGUCUGGGCGCAGGAGGGACCUGGCGCAGGAGCAGCUGGAGCAGCAGCAGCGAGCCGCGGCCGAGGCCGAGCGAGACGAGCAGUAUGCCCGCUGGGGCAGGGGGCUGGCGCAGGGCAGGCAACAGCAGCAGAACGUGGAAGAUGCAAUAAAGGAGAUGCAGAAGCCCUUGGCUCGUUACAUUGACGACCAGGAUCUGGAUCAAAUGCUGCGGGAACGAGAGAGAGAAGGGGACCCCAUGGCUGACUUCAUCAAAAAACGGAAGGCCAAAGAGAGCAAAGAAAAGAAAGAAAAGCCUCGGUACAAGGGACCAGCACCCCCGCUCAACAGGUUUAACAUACAGCCCGGGCAUCGCUGGGAUGGUGUGGACAGGUCCAACGGGUUCGAGCAGCGGCUCUUUGAGAGGCUCGCCAACAAGAAGGCGAUGCAGGAGGUGAUGUACAAGUGGAGCGUGGAGGACAUGUAG